AUGUUGGCAGCGACGGCCGCCAGUGACAUUGCACUAGAGCAUAUCAUGAACAUCAGCACACCACCCAUGUUUGUUCCAGGUAUCUCAGGGAGAGAUUCCAGCUGGAGAUACAAAGCAUUGAUGGAAUUGUACAGGAAACUGGCGUGGCUGCUAAAAACCAAGUGUGAGGCCUUCAGGUCAGAAGACCAACUCAAAUCUAAGGAACCCAAGUAUGACCUCCGCAGAGACAUUAAGACAACCAAGGACCAAUACCGAUCCAAACUAAAGACCCAGACAGAGUCCCGGCGAUUAUGUCGCACCUGUAGAUCCGGACAGACUGAAUGCCCCUUUCCAUACCAAAAGGUUUAUCUCAAUACCUGCAGCGGGAGGAUGGUGAUAGAGAGAGUAGGAAGCUACAAGCAGCUUUGUAUUGACAUGCUGACCCUGUGGCUGCUGCUCAUACCGGCCACCCUGUGCGUUCAAGAGCCAGAGGUGGGGAAGAGAGUCCUGCUCUCCAUGAAUUCGGUUCAACGCUCAGUGGCGCGAAUGGACGGCGACGUGAUCAUCGGGGCUCUGUUCUCAGUGCACCACCAGCCGCCGGCGGAGAAAGUGCCCGAGAGGAAAUGCGGGGAAAUUCGCGAGCAGUAUGGGAUCCAGAGGGUGGAAGCUAUGUUCCACACCCUGGACAAAAUCAACGCCAACCGCAACCUGCUGCCCAACAUCACCCUGGGCUGCGAGAUCCGCGAUUCCUGUUGGCAUUCCUCCGUGGCUCUGGAGCAGAGCAUCGAGUUCAUUCGAGAUUCCCUCAUCUCCAUGAGGAACGAGAGGGAUGGACUGACGCAAUGCCUUGAAGGACCGGGCUCAGAGACCAAGACGCCCAUAGCUGGGGUCAUCGGACCAGGCUCCAGCUCGGUCGCCAUCCAGGUCCAGAACCUUCUGCAACUUUUCAACAUUCCCCAGAUCGCUUACUCGGCCACAAGCAUCGACCUGAGCGACAAGACCCUCUUUCAGUAUUUCCUGCGGGUUGUUCCCUCCGAUACUCUCCAAGCCAGGGCCAUGCUGGACAUUGUGCAGCGGUACAACUGGACCUAUGUGUCUGCUGUUCACACUGAAGGAAACUAUGGAGAGAGUGGGAUGGAGGCCUUCAAGGAGUUAGCUUCUCAGGAAGGAAUAUGCAUUGCACACUCAGGUAAAAUCUACAGCAAUGCUGGAGAGAAAACCUUUGACAGACUCCUGAGAAAAUUAAGGGAAAGACUGCCUAAAGCAAGAGUUGUCGUCUGCUUCUGUGAGGGGAUGACAGUGAGAGGCCUGCUCAUGGCGAUGCGAAGACUUGGGGUACUGGGCGAGUUUCUACUGAUUGGCAGCGAUGGUUGGGCAGACCGUGAGGAAGUGAUUGAAGCCUAUGAGCAGGAGGCGGUGGGAGGGAUCACCAUUAAGCUGCAGUCCGCUGAGGUCACCUGGUUUGAUGACUACUACCUGAAGCUGAAGUUGGACAGCAACACCCGCAACCCAUGGUUCCCGGAGUUCUGGCAGCACCGCUUCCAGUGCCGUUUAGAGGGGCACCCGCAAGAGAACCAAGCCUUUCAGAGACUCUGUACAGGGAAUGAAAGUUUAGCAGAAAAUUAUGUACAAGACAGCAAAAUGGGGUUCAUCAUCAACGCCAUUUAUGCCAUGGCCCACGGAUUGCAUGACAUGCACAAAACACUCUGUCCAGGUCACUCCGGCCUCUGUGAAGCAAUGAAACCUGUUGAUGGCAAAAAACUCCUACAGUUUCUAAUAAAGACUUCAUUCAUUGGAGUUUCCGGUGAGGAAGUGUGGUUCGAUGAGAAUGGAGAUUCUCCAGCAAGGUAUGAUAUUAUGAAUCUUCAAAUGACAGAGAAUGCUAUGUAUGACUAUGUUAACAUUGGGACAUGGUACGAAGGGUUGCUGGACAUUGACGAUAACAAGCUUCAGAUGAACAUGACUAAGAUGGUACGGUCUGUCUGUAGCGAGCCAUGUACAAAAGGUCAGAUCAAGGUUAUUCGGAAGGGGGAGGUGAGCUGUUGCUGGAUCUGCACAAGUUGCAAAGAGAAUGAGUACAUGCAGGAUGAGUUCACCUGCAGAGCCUGUGAGCUGGGCUGGUGGCCGAAUGCUGACCUCACAGGUUGCAAGAGGAUUGAUGUGAAGCACUUGAGCUGGAGUGACGUGGAGUCUGCUAUCGCUGUUGUCUUCUCCUGUUUAGGGAUCCUAGCCACCAUGUUUGUUACCCUUAUCUUCGUGUUGUACAGGGACACUCCGGUAGUCAAGUCUUCGAGCCGCGAGCUCUGUUACAUCAUCCUGGCUGGCAUCUUCCUGGGCUACAUCUGUCCAUUCACGUUGCUGGCUAAGCCAACCUUGGCCUCCUGCUACUUUCAGAGGAUCCUGGUUGGGCUCGCUGCUGCCAUGUGUUAUUCUGCCUUAGUGACUAAAACCAACCGUAUUGCUAGGAUCCUGGCUGGCAGCAAAAAGAAGAUCUGCACUCGCAAGCCAAGGUUCAUGAGUGCUUGGGCUCAGUUGGUGAUCGCUUCCAUCUUGAUCAGCGUCCAGUUGACCAUAGUAGUCACACUGUUGAUCCUCGAACCCCCUACCCCUGUCCUCUCCUACCCCAGCAUCAAUGAGGUUUUCCUAAUCUGCAACACAAGCAACCUGGGUGUUGUAGCCCCUCUAGGGUACAACGGGCUUCUCAUCAUGAGUUGCACCUACUACGCCUUCAAGACAAGGAACGUUCCUGCAAAUUUCAAUGAAGCCAAAUACAUAGCCUUCACCAUGUACACAACCUGCAUCAUAUGGCUGGCCUUUGUCCCCAUCUACUUUGGCAGCAACUACAAAAUUAUCACCACCAGUUUCUCGGUCAGCUUAAGUGUGACAGUGGCUCUGGGUUGCAUGUUUACUCCAAAGAUCUACAUCAUCAUCGCCAAGCCAGAGCGCAAUGUCCGUAGCGCCUUCACCACCUCUGAUGUCGUGCGCAUGCAUGUGGGCGAUGGGAAAGCCGCCUGCAGAUCUAACAGCCUGCUUGAUAUGUUUAAGAGGAAGAAAACUGUGUCUGGUAAUGCAAGUUCCAAUGGGAAGUCUGUGUCAUGGUCUGAACCAGGAACUGGACGGCCAGCGAAGGGACAGCACAUGUGGCAUAGACUGUCCGUCCAUGUGAAGAGCAAAGAUGUUGCAUCUAAUCAGACAGCUGUAAUCAAACCCCUGACUAAACCAUACCAGAACCAGAUCAAAAAUCUCAGCUUCUCAGAUGCAAGCACAAAAGCCCUUUACAAUGUUGUGGAAGAAGAUGAAAGUGAACCAUUGAGACUCGACAUUCCCAAUAGUCCAGAAAUGAUGUUGCAGAGACGAGCAAUGUCUAUCACACAGCUUAAAGAAAUGGAAGAUCCCCAGUUCUUCAUUUCUGAUCAGUUGCAAAAAGAUGUUUCUUCACAACAGUCCAUAAUGGAUCAGUUGCACGGAGUGGUCAAUACAUUUACAACUAAUAUGACUGAUCUUAAUUCUGUGCUUACUGUCCCCGUGCCAGUGCCUGGGAAUGGGGUGACGCCAUUGUACCAACUUGACGAACAAGUGCUCCCACUUCAGAUGACUACCUUCAAUCCUCAACCCAUCUCACCUGUUGAGGAGGAGGAGGAGGAGGAGGAGGAAGAGGAGGAGGACGAGGAGAGUGAAAGGUUCAACCUCAUUGACGACUUCAUUUAUGACAACACUGAGAACCAGGAGGAACUGGUCGUCCCUAACAAACUCAUGUUGGAGGACUCUCCAGCACUCACACCUCCAUCCCCCUUCCGAGAUUCAGUGGCAUCAGGCAGCUCCGUUCCCAGCUCCCCCAUCUCUGAGUCAGUGCUGUGUACCCCACCCAAUGUAACCUACGCUUCUGUCAUUCUGAGAGACUACAAACAAACUUCCUCAACUCUCUGA